AUGACCGCUUCCAAAGAUCGUGCCCCCUGGGAACUCAAACCUGAGGAAGUGGAGAAGCAGAUUGCGGGACAGCAAGACUAUGAGGACUGCUUAUCUUGCCGACUCGUUGGCUCUGGUGCAUUUAUCGGGCUCGGUAUGUACACGUAUGUCCAAGGGAUGCGGAAUCUCAAGCAGCAAGAACGAGCCAUCAUGCGCAGUUCAACCAAAUAUAAAAUGGGCUCACGGCAGCUAGGCAUUGCAACAAUAUCUGCUUCUUUAGUGAGCCUUGGGGUGUACAGACUUUUCAAUUGA